AUGUUACCCCCAAAUACCACGUCAGUAUCUCAACCAAUGGACCAAGGAGUUAUUUACACCUUUAAGUCGUACUAUCGUAAAUUUAUGCUACAGUCACUUGUAUGCAAAAUUGAUAAUUUUACUUCGGUUCAUCAGCUUGCUACUUCGAUAACUGUAUUAGACGCUGUAAAUUGGAUAUCUUUAUCGUGCAAUAGUUUGAAAAUUGAAUUUGAUCAAAACUGUUUCCGUAAAGCUGGAUUUUUAAUUGAUGGAUUGGACGUGAAUCCCAAUGAGAAUACCCUGAGUGAAAUUCAAGAAAUCUUUGUUGCACUUGAUUUUGACCAAGAAGAAUUUCUUCACAUUGAUGACCAACUUGAGACGCAGCAAACCCAUGAUUCGGCUAUAUCCAUGAUUGAGAAUAAAUGUGAAAAGGACGGAGACAAUGAUGAAAGCCAAGAAGAACCAAAAAAUCUGGUAAAAGAUUAUAAAACUGCUAACUACUACCUCGAGGAACUACAAAAAUUUUCCCUCACAGUGUCCAAUAGUAGGCUUUUGGAUUUGACUUCUAAAGCCAAGGACAAACUCAACAUAACAUUUUCACCAAAAACAGUUUUUGCUGAUUUUGAAAAGGCGAUUCAUUUAGCUCUAUUAAAAGUUUGGCCUUCUAUAAGUCUAAAAGGAUGCCGAUUUCACUUAGCACAAAGUUGGUGGAGAAAAAUACAGACAAUUGGCUGA